AUGAUGUUUGCUUAUCUUCCACCUGAUUUAGAAUCGGAAAUACUCUCUAGGGUUCCUGCCACAUUUCUAAAAGAAUUGCAAACUACUUGCAAACGAUGGUACGCUUUAUUUAGAGAUCCGAUAUUCGUCAAGAAGAACUUGGGUAAAGCAGCAACGCAUGUGAUCUUUAAUAAUCUUGGGGAUUAUUCAGUGACAGAGAUGAAUACUUUGGUUCAUAGCAUCAAUCUCCGUGGAAUCCAAAACAGCUUUGAUCCAUCCAUUGGUGUUGAACGUAAACUUUACGAGCUAAAUGAUCCUGAACAUGAUAAGAUACUUGGUAUUAUCUCUCACUGCGAUGGUUUAUUAUUGUGCGCUACCAAGGACAAGACUAGACUCGUGGUUUGGAACCCUUGUACUGGUCAAACCAGGUGGAUCCAAAUCAAGAAUGUGUUCAAGAACAAUCCCCAGCUUAUUCUCUUGGUAAUUAAGUUUAAAAUCUAUGAGUUCAACUCUGAUUCAUGGAGAAUUCUUGAUGACAUCUCUCCUGUUUGUUUCAUACGCUCAAAUGGCGUGAAUUUGAAGGGAAAUGCUUAUUUUGUUGCUUCAGAUAAAGAAAGCAAAUUCAUACUCAAGUUUGAUUUCACAACAGAGAGAUUCCUACGUCUAUCGUUUCCUUCUCAGAACGAUGAUCAAAUUGCGGUUCUAUCAGUUGUUAGACAAGAGAAACUUGCCUUGUUACAACAAAGGUUUGAUACAUCUUCAAUAAAGAUGAAUAUAUGGGUGACCAAAACUAAGAUCGAUGCGGACAAAGACUUGUCUUGGAGCAACUUCUUAGUAGUAGAUUUUGGUAAAGUUACAUUAACAAGUGAGCCGUUGAGUUUCUUGGUGGACGAGGAGAAUAAAAUGGUCGUGUGUUCUUCAAAGAUUCGUCACAUUGAAAGGAAGACUAUAAUUUACUUUGCUAAAGAGGGUAUACAAGUUCAUCAAGAGAUUGCACAGAAACCAAAAGGUUGUUGUUCAUUUCUCGUCAGUUAUGUUCCAAGUUUGGUUCAAUUUUAG